AGCAUCUCUUCAUCAAAAACACCCUCGCAGCUCCAGAGGGCCCUGCGAAUCCUGCUGUCAGCUCUCUGAGGAGACAGCAUGGCUAUUACCUUGCAGCCCAGUGACCUGAUCUUUGAGUUUGCAAGCAACGGGAUGGAUGAUAUCCACCAGCUGGAGGACCCCUCGGUGUUCCCAGCUGUGAUCGUGGAGCAGGUACCCUACCCCGAGCUACUGCAUCUGUACUCAGGACUGGAGCUGGACGACGUUCACAAUGGCAUCAUAACGGAUGGGACCUUGUGCAUGACACAGGAUCAGAUUCUGGAGGGCAGUAUUCUGCUUGCAGAUGACAAUGAAGCAACCUCACAAACCAUGUCAACCACUGAAGUCUUGCUCAAUGUCGAGUCUCCUAACGACAUCCUGGAUGAGAAGCAGAUCUUCAGCACCUCCGAAAUGCUUCCAGACUCAGACCCUGCUCCGGCUGCCACUCUGCCCAACUACCUGUUUCCUGUCUCUGAGCCUGAUGCCUUGAACCAGGCGGGUGACACUGAUGACCAGGAGGGGCAUUGUCUGGAGGAGAAGAUCCCCAGAGAGGAAAGUGCCAAGAAGACUGGAAAAUCAAAGAAGAGAAUCCGGAAGACAAAGGGCACCCGCAGUACCUCACCGGUCACUGACCCCAGCAUCCCCAUACGGAAGAAAUCGAAGGACGGCAAAGGCAGCACCAUCUACCUGUGGGAGUUCCUCCUCGCGCUUCUGCAGGACAGGAACACCUGCCCGAAGUACAUCAAGUGGACCCAGCGAGAGAAGGGCAUCUUCAAGCUGGUGGACUCCAAAGCUGUGUCCAAGCUGUGGGGGAAGCAGAAAAACAAGCCUGACAUGAACUAUGAGACGAUGGGGCGGGCACUGAGAUAUUACUACCAAAGAGGCAUCCUGGCCAAAGUGGAAGGGCAGAGGCUGGUGUACCAGUUUAAGGAGAUGCCCAAGGACCUGGUGGUGAUUGAAGAUGAUGAGGAGAGAAGUGAAGUCACGGCGGCCUCCCCUCAGGCCUCCACACCCUCCACCUCCACCACCGGCACCACCCGCCGAGCCAGUUCCAGGGUCUCGGCCAGAGCUGCUCCCCAGGGCAAGGGAGGCCCUUCCUGGGAGAAGCCAAAGGUUCAGAACGUUGGCUUACAGCCAUCUGCGAAUCUGGAACUGGGACUGUCUGUAGAUGAGGAGAUCCCCACUACCUCCCUGCCAGAGAGCCAGGCCAAACUCACCAGAGCCGUGAGUACUUCUUCAGUGCCCAGCAACAUCCACCUGGGAGUGGCCCCCGUGGGGUCGGGCUCUGCCUUGACCCUGCAGACAAUCCCACUGACCACAGUGCUGACCAGCGGGCCCCCUGCCAGUACGCCUGCUUCCACACAGCUCGUUCUCCAGAGUGUUCCGCCUGCUUCGACCUUCAAGGACACCUUCACUUUGCAGGCCUCCUUCCCCCUGAGCACCAGUUUCCAAGAAAGUCAGGUGGCAGCACCGGGGGCCCCGCUGAUUCUCAGUGGCCUCCCCCAACUUCUGGCUGGGGCCAACCGUCCGACCAACCCGGUGCCAUCCUCCAUCGCAGGGGCUGGACCGGCCGGGCCCAGCCCUCAGCCCCCCGGGACUGUCAUUGCUGCCUUCAUCAGGACUUCUGGUGCCACUGCAGCCGCUGGGGUCAAGGAGGGGCCGCUGAGGCCCUCCUCAUAUGUGCAGGGCAUGGUGACUGGGGCCCCCGUGGAGGGGCUGCUGGUUCCCGAAGAGACCCUGAGGGAGCUCCUGAGGGAUCGGGCUCACCUUCAGCCACUUCCAACCCAGGUGGUUUCAAGGGGUUCCCACAAUCCGAGCCUUCUGGGGAACCAGACUUUCUCUUCUCCCAGCCGCCCCACUGUUGGGCUGACCCCAGUGGCUGAACUUGAGCUCUCCUCAGGCUCAGGGUCCCUGUUUAUGGCUGAGCCUAGUGUGACCACCUCUGGGAGCCUGCUGACCAGAUCCCCAACCCCAGCCUCCUUCUCCCCAUUCAACCCCACCUCGCUUAUUAAGAUGGAGCCCCAUGACAUAUAAAUGAAGGGGCUGGGGGCCAAGUUGAGCAGCCUUUUUCUAUGGACUUCCGAUAGCAGAGACUGACCGGAGCAGGACACCUGCCCUUACUUUUCGGUGGGAUCUCAGUACACCGGAUCCCCUGUCCCCGACCUCUGCCCGGUGUCACCUUGGCCAAGCCAUGCCCAG